GCAGUAGCGUAUUCCAUCCUUGUUUGUAUUAUGCGCAGGACGUAGGCACAGCGGAAAUCUGGUGAGAUCGCUUGCACCAAGAACGAUGUGGGACUUCUCAUAUUUCACUUGAGGGGGAAAAGCGCUUCAGCUGAAACACAGCCAUGGCGUCCACAUCUUACAUUAUUUUUGUGCUGUGUCUGACUUUCAUUCCAUCUGCUUUUGCUGAGUGUGAUUGUUCGUUCUACCAGCAUUGCUGUGGCACCUGCUUUAACAGAUACUGCUGCGUCGAUCCUGCGAGGAGUCUCGACGAGUCCACAUGCUUCAUUUGGAGAUCAGAAGGCAGCAACAUUGUUACCAUUACGAGCACUAUUGUGAGCUUCGUCAUCUUCAUCAUCCUCAUAAUUUCCUGCUGUGUCUGUCCCUGCUGUUGUCUGUACAAGAUUUGCCGAAAGCCAACACCUGUGAUAGCGACUACCACCACCACAGUGGUACAGUCGGCCUACCCCCCGCCACCUUCUGCCUCCCAGCCCUACCAGGGCGCCCAGUACCCGGGGUACCAGCCUGUGCCUGUGCAGCCGGGGUAUGGAGGUCAGCCCGCUGCACCAUACCAGGGCCAGCCCUUCUCACCAGGGUACCAGGGCCAGCCCACCGCACCAUACCAGGGCCAGGCCUUCCCACCAGGAUACCAGGGCCAGGUCUCUGGACCUCCCCCGCCCUACCAAGAGGCCGGGGCAGGUUAUCCUCCAGUCCAGGCACCCUACAGCCAGGCUGGGUACAGUCCAGGACAGAUGGCCUAUCCUCUGCAACCCCCAACACAGCCAGGCUACCCUCCCCAGCCUGAUCAGAGCGUCGCCCAGCCUGCAUACAACCCAGCCUUCGUGGAGCCCCCGAAGACUGGCUACUGACCACAGACAUGCCUGCCACUGCAUAUUCCAAACACUUCAACGAUCCAUCCUGGUCAGCGUUUCCCCUCAUCUCAAAAUGUUCUGGUGUUCAAUCUGGUUUCAUGGCCCAAAGUCGAGCAUCUUUCAUAUGCAAACUCAUUUAUAUAAUGCCACUUUUUUUUUUACCAUUCAUGAAAAUUCAUUUGAAUUGCAUUCUAAUUAAUUCUGAAGACCAUCAUUUUUCCUUUAUCAACUUUAACAAACGGAACCUUUUUUAAAUUUCAUUUUUGUGCCCUCUUUGUUAACUAACCUCAAAAGGGAAAAUGUCUAACAAGCCACGUUGUUGAUAAAUAUAACUUUAGUUUGUCUAGUUUAAGUACAGUGGCGUGGAUGAGUGAAACAUGUAAAGAGUAACUAUAAAGUGUAAAGGAAAUGAAGUCCUCUGUAAAGUGGGAAUUAAUCAUAGACAUUGUUAGUAUAAUUUCAAGUAUGUUGUGCUUGCAACCAGUCUGUGAAUAGAUUAGGCAUUGGAAAUGACUUGACAAGAACUGCGUUUUGCUUGUGUGAACUGAUGCUCAGCUGUGCCAUAGUUAGCCGUCUGAUGACAGAAGUGCGGAGCCUUGCCUUAUAGGAUCCACUUUCUGUUCUGUUGAUUCAGGGUUUUUUUUUUCUUUUUAAAUGACAUAGCUUAUGAAUGUUGACCUUUAGUGUUACAAUGUAAAACCUGUUUUUAUUUGUCCUGUUUCGAAAAUUGUGAAAAAAAAACCUCCAGAAUAUGCCUUGCUGUUUUUAUCUAGAUGCAUGGUUACACUGGUGUCAAAACAGGGAAUUCAGCAAACAUUUGGCCCUGGAAGACCAAACAGAAACCGUCUGCCUUUAUUACACAUUGGAUUGGUUUGCACUCAUCAUGUAUAUAUACACACCGGGUGUGACUUUGCUCACAAUUUAGCCUUAAAAAACCUAUACUUGCCAUAAUGGAGUCCCAUGAUGGCACUUCAGUUUUCUGCAUUUCUGUCCUGCUUAAAGGAGUAGGUUUCAGUGAUUUCACUUCCAUUGUCUGUUUGUGGUAAUACUUUGAACAAAGGCUGUACAAAUUAAAAUACAGUUCAGCAGCCACUGUUUUUUAAUGUUACAAAACUGUGUUUAUGUUUGUUCAAAUAAAGCUUGUUUUUUCAGUUAAA